UCCCUUCUCUCUCUUUAUUCUUAUUCUGGAAGCCAAACAAACAUGUAAUUUGCCAUUCAAACUUCAACUCAAAACAAAUUAUAGAAGCCUCUAGACUCCCCCAAAAUCCUCCCUUAAAUCCCCAUCCUCCCCACAAAAAUUUCUCCCCAAAUUACAAAACCUAAUUUGCAAUUCUCUUCAAGUCACAAACCUUAAUUUCGCAGCUUUGCCUGAAUCUCAAGCCCUAUAUAUAUAUUUUUUUUAUGGGUACUUUAGUUGGACAUGUAGCACCAGGAUUUGCCUUCUUGGCACUUGGCUUGUGGCAUCUUUUGAAUCACAUCAAACGCCAUUCACUCCAACCAAAUUCCUAUAUUUCAACUCCAUGGUUUCCUUCUUCCAAAGUAAGAUACAUAGAGCUCUACCUAAUCAUGCUUGGAAGCUCCAUUUCCAUAGCCAUGGAACUCUUCAUUGGCCCCAAAAAACACCAGCCUUUCGCCGAUGGAACCAUUCCUUCCAACCAUAUUCACAACUUCGAACAUGCGACAAUUGCCCUCACUUUCUUCACCUAUGCAGCUUUUGCUAUACUACUCGAUCGAAAUCAUUUUAAAAGAAACACCAGAGAUGCAUUAACGCAACUCCUCGGUGCCAUAGCUUUUGCUCAACAGCUUCUCCUGUUUCAUCUUCACUCGGCUGACCACACGGGGGUCGAGGGACAGUACCAUUUGCUUCUACAAAUUGUCAUUCUUGUUUCUUUAGCCACAACUCUAAUUGGAAUCGCGCUUCCGGGGAGUUUCUUGAUUAGUUUUGUUAGGUCAGCUAGUAUCUUUUUCCAGGGAGCAUGGCUUAUUUUGAUGGGGUACAUGCUGUGGACUCCUGAAUUUAUCCCAAAAGGGUGUUUUAUUAACUUCGAGGAAGGCCACCAAGUGGUGAGAUGCCAUGGAGAGGUUGCUUUACAUAGAGCUAAAUCACUUGUGAACCUUGAAUUCAGCUGGUUUUUAGUGGGAAUCACCAUAUUUUCAGUGUGUUUUUAUGUGAUAUUGGGUAGAGUUAUUGGAGAAAAGGUUGAAUAUGCAACAUUGAGUAGAGAGGAUGAGUAUAUUUCUGAUGAUGUUGAGUCACAAGAGGACACAAAAUAUGGUGCCUCAAAGAGUAGUUUUGUUGGUGCGGGGAAAGAAGGAUUUGUUGCAUCGAUUGACAUUGAAAGAUAGAGAGUGGAGAUCAUAUUAUUCAGGAUGAAGAGGUAGAUUUAUUGAUUAUAUGUACAAAAUUGAUUUAGUUAGGGGUGUUAUUUAUUGGUGUGGACUUGUUUGCUGUAUUGUAUUAAUGGGUUUUAGGUUAUAAGGAGUGAGUUCUUUUGUGUUUAUAUUGUAAAAAAAGUAGAAAAAGCAACAAAACUAGUCAUUUAUAAUUAAUUUCUUCUUAUAA